AUGGAUUCCAUGUGGCAAGCCGUCAAGGCCUACUUCGGCGAGAACCCCAUCCAGUUACACACCCACUGCUGUGAUCUGAAACCCCCCAAAGCCCGCAAUGAGAACAUCAACUUCGGGGUCGAGAUUCCCGAGGACGUGAUGGGGCUCUUCUCCGCCAUCGGCGACACCAGCCGGCCUCCCUGUACGUGCGACGGCAUGGAUGCCCUCGUGGCACAUAUCGACGCCUUCAUCCGCGCCGCCCCUGCUCGCCGGCCGGAGGACUAUACCUUGCACAGCGGGAAACAGGACCAGUCCUCCGAGGACGUCUGCCGGUUCGCCAUGCGGGACGCGCUGCAGUGGUGGACGGUGUGGCACGGCUCGCUGGAGCACCACAAGUGGAAGCACCUGUACCUGGCGCUGUGCACCAUCUCGGACGACCUGGUCAUCCCCCCGCAGGAUCUGGCGGAUGGCACCUUCACGCUGCUGGGUCACUCGCUGGCCGAUAUCCUGGCGGGGCUGCGCGCGGAGCACGUCCACCCGGAGGAGAUCAAGCUCCUCGAGAUGCUCACCUGGCGCCAGUACAUCAUGCAGUACGUGGAGAAAGUGGAUGGGGGCCUCCGGCCCUUGCUCCUGGGCAAGACCACAAUGAUGACCCAGUUCCGCGUCAUGACGGCGGGGGUUCACAACGUCGCCAUCAUCCUCCUCGCCGCCCGCGGGGCCCGGUCGCGCGGACCCCAGGAUGCCGCCGUGGAGAUGGCCGCCAUCUGCGACUGUCUGUCCAUGGACAUCGCCAAGGAGGCGCUGGGGAUCCUGCAGGGCGAGAAGACCGAGGCCGUGGCCGGGCGGAACCGCGUCCAGCUCAAGCGCGAGCUGCGCUGGUUGUAUAUUCGGUGCGUCGAGCACCUCGAUACCCAACCCGGGGCGGCCUACCUCCGGCGAUAUGCCACGGGAGGCUAUAUCUUCGUGCCGUUGAUGGACCGGUACCGCGAACGGGCGCGCAAGGGAGCCCGCACCCCCAUGUCAACGAGAAGGAGAAUGUGCUACAUGCUCUCACGCGGUUUCCGUUGA